AUGGCUGAGAGGUUGGCAGAGAUCAAGGAUCAUCUUACCGGGGAGUACCGCAACAAUGUGCGGAAACAGAGGCCCGAUGAUGUGGUAAUAGUGAGCGCUCAUAGAUCCGCCAUUGGAAAGGGCUUCAAGGGAUCGUUUAAGGACUUGAAUUCAGAUUACCUCGUACUACAGUUUUUGAAUGAGUUCUUUGAUCGACUCCCACCAGAGAUAGCGGAGCAUCGGGAGUUGAUCGGAGAGGUCACGUGCGGAAAUGUUCUGAACAUGGGUGCUGGGGCAACGGAACAUAGAGCCGCCUGUCUGGCGGCUGGCAUCCCUUUUACGACUCCGUUCGAAGCCGUCAACAGACAAUGUUCGUCCGGACUGACCGCAGUAAAUGACAUCGCCAAUAAGAUCAGGGUCGGCCAGAUCGAUAUUGGUCUAGCAUUAGGGGUGGAGUCGAUGUCGAAGAACUACGGCACUGUAAACCCGCUGGGGUCGAUCUCUGAUGAAAUGAAGCAGGAUUCGAAGGCGAGGAAGUGCUUAAUCCCCAUGGGAUUCACGAAUGAGAACGUGGCCCACAAGUAUGUCAUCACCAGACAGAUGCAGGACGAAUUUGCUGCGAGCUCAUACCAAAAGGCAGAGGCCGCCUCUUCGAGGGGCGACUUUCAAGACGAGAUUCUGCCCAUCACUCUACCAGAUGGCAAGAAGGUCGACAAAGACGAGGGACCCCGUGCGAAUGUCACGGCCAAAAGCUUGGGUAUGCUGAAACCUGCGUUCAUCAAGGACAAGGGGACCACCACCGCGGGGAACUCUUCGCAAAUUUCGGAUGGUGUCGCGGGUGUACUUUUGGCCAGAAGAUCGGUAGCUGAAAGGCUCAACCUACCGAUCAUAGCACGCUAUGCUGCGUUCCAAGCCGUCGGAGUGCCACCCGAGAUUAUGGGUGUCGGCCCUGCUUACGCCAUUCCAAGGGUGCUCAAGGAUGUCGGUUUGAGUAUUGACGAUAUUGAUGUAUUUGAGAUCAAUGAGGCAUUCGCGGCCCAGGCCUUGUACUGCAUUCACAAACUGGAAAUUGAUCCCCAAAAGGUGAACCCUCGCGGUGGCGCCAUUGCCCUUGGUCAUCCGCUGGGCUGCACAGGCGCACGCCAGGUUGCCACAAUCUUACGUGAGCUAAAAAGAGACCAAAUUGGGGUGGUUAGUAUGUGUAUCGGUACCGGUAUGGGUGCUGCGGCGGUAUUUAUCAGGGAGUAG